CGGAAAUCGAUUUUUUUCGCGUCGUCAUCGUCACCUUUGAUUUUGGGAAUGUGAAAAAAAUCUCAACAUGGGGAAUGUAGUUUUGUCGAUUUUCUAAUGAAUUUCUGUCUGAUUUAUUACAUCUUCCGGCGAUUCAACUCUUCUUCAACGGUAUUGGAUGGUUACGCAGGAGAGAAAAGAGAGGUGUUUAUUUUGGGGUUGACUUGUUUUCGAUCUGAGAUAGGUAGCAAGUAUUAGGAGAAAAAAAGAAAAGCAAUUUAGGGUUCUUGUCUGAAUGGACUUGAAAAUGGACAAUGUAAUCGGUGGCAAGUUUAAGCUUGGUCGGAAGAUCGGUGGUGGCUCUUUUGGAGAGCUUUUUCUUGGCGUAAGUUUGCAAACCGGAGAAGAAGUAGCUGUAAAACUGGAGCCUGCGAAAACUAAGCAUCCACAACUUCAUUAUGAGUCCAAGAUUUACAUGCUUCUACAAGGAGGAACUGGGAUCCCUAGCCUCAAGUGGUUUGGGGUUCAGGGAGACUACAAUGCGAUGGUUAUUGAUCUGCUUGGACCGAGUUUGGAAGAUUUGUUUAACUAUUGUAAUAGGAAGCUCACUUUGAAGUCAGUUUUGAUGCUUGCCGAUCAACUGAUUAGCAGAGUUGAGUAUAUGCAUUCAAGAGGAUUUCUUCAUAGAGACAUAAAACCAGACAAUUUCUUGAUGGGACUUGGUCGCAAAGCAAACCAGGUUGUGUAUGCCAUUGAUUUUGGCCUUGCAAAGAAGUAUAGAGAUCUCCAAACACAUAGACACAUCCCCUACAGAGAAAACAAGAACCUUACGGGCACAGCUCGGUAUGCUAGCGUCAACACUCACCUUGGUGUUGAGCAAAGUCGAAGGGAUGAUCUGGAGUCUCUUGGUUAUGUGCUCAUGUAUUUCCUGAGAGGAAGCCUCCCAUGGCAGGGACUAAAAGCUGGCACAAAGAAGCAGAAGUAUGACCGAAUCAGCGAGAAGAAAGUUUCAACUCCCAUAGAGGUCUUGUGCAAGUCCUAUCCACAAGAAUUCGUAUCAUACUUUCAAUACUGCAGGUCCUUGCGAUUCGAGGACAAACCAGACUACUCGUAUCUAAGGAGGCUAUUCAGAGAUUUGUUUAUCCGAGAAGGUUAUCAGUUUGACUAUAUAUUUGACUGGACUGCAUUGAAACACCCUCAGAGUAGUUCCAGUUCCCGGUCCAGCUCUCACGGAAGGCAUCGUACUGGUAAACCAGUUGUGGCCGCAGGAGCAUCUGCUGAGAAACCUGAAAGGAUCUCAGUUGGGAAGGAAAUCCGCGACAGAUUCUCUGGUGCAGUUGAAGCAUUCGCGAGAAGGAACGCUACAGGAGUUAGUCCACAUCAAAACCAGACCAGACAUAGAACUCCUGACGAUGUUCCUUCACCUAUGAAACCUUCUGUGAAUAUGGUAUCUGAGAAAGGAAGAAACACUUCUAGAUACGGAAGUGCUUCAAGGAGAGCGGUGGCCUCAGGGAGUAGACCAAGCUCAUCAGGUGAACAAGGGGACAGCCGCGGCUCAAGCCGUGUGGCCUCAAGCGGCGGUGGUGGUCGACCAUCUGUUUUUCAGAGAGCCCAAGCAGCAGCUGGUGUGAGUGGAUAUGAGUCAAAGACAGCAUCUGCCUUUAACCGCAACAGAGUGGCUGCUUCUAGGAGUGCACGUGAUGAUGCUCUCAGAAGCUUUGAGCUUCUUUCUAUCCGAAAAUGA